ACAUGAUGUUCUGAUAUUGGAAAGCUUUCCCAAUCAAGCUCCUGCGCCAUGCCACUCUCUAUUAGGUGCUAUUUUCGUCCGACCCUGGAAGACAUCCAUCCACAAUCUACCCACCCUGACAGCACCCAAUAAACCCACCACUCCCAUUCAUCUCCAGCCCCCCUCCCACUCCUACACUCCCUCCCAUCCCCUCUGUGCUUCUGCUCUCUCACUUCCAGAAGAGCACCAGUGACUUAAAAACGCUGAAAGAUAAUUGUGUAUGGAUGCGCAGCUGGAUCCCGCUCCCCAAAAACCACUGCAUUCAUUUCAGUAAAUGAUACCAUAAGUCUUUUUUUUUUUUUUUUUUUUGGACCUGGAGGUGCCACUCGUGGAAUCUUGGACUUGUUCGACUAAAGUGCAAGUCAUCUUCAUGAGAUUCCAGCCGUCCGUGCGCACCAGCUCCCGAUUCUGAGGACGCGCUCCGUGGGAAGAUGGCCAUCCACGUCGAGGGUCUGGUGGCUAUCGUGAUCUUUUACCUCCUGAUUCUCUUCGUGGGGAUCUGGGCUGCAUGGAAGAACAAGAACUCAGGGGUGACGAAGGGAGGGGACCGGAGUGAGAGCAUCAUGGUCGGAGGACGAGACAUCGGACUGUUCGUGGGAGGAUUUACAAUGACCGCCACGUGGGUGGGUGGAGGUUACAUCAAUGGAACAGCUGAGUAUGUCUACCUGCCCGACUAUGGUCUGGCGUGGGCCCAAGCACCAUUUGGGUACGCUCUGAGCUUAGUAGUAGGUGGCCUUUUCUUUGCCAAACCCAUGCGUUCUCGUGGCUACGUCACCAUGUUGGACCCUUUCCAGCAGCUCUAUGGGAAGAGGAUGGGGGGUCUGCUCUUCAUCCCGGCACUCAUGGGAGAAAUCUUCUGGUCCGCGGCCAUUUUAUCAGCCCUCGGAGCCACUCUGAGCGUGAUCGUGGACAUCAACAUCAACAUGUCAGUGAUCAUCUCAGCGAUGAUAGCCAUCUUCUACACACUGGUGGGAGGACUGUACUCGGUCGCAUACACAGACGUGGUUCAGCUCUUCUGUAUUUUUGUGGGGCUGUGGAUCAGUGUGCCUUCGGCGCUGGCCAAUCCUGCUGUGUCAGACAUCAGCGUGACAGCUAAGGAGGUGAUCUUCCAGUCGCCAUGGCUGGGCAAGAUUGAGCCUGAAGACAAAUGGCUUUGGGUGGACAACUUCUGUUUGCUGAUGUUGGGGGGGAUUCCCUGGCAGGUCUAUUUUCAACGGGUUCUUUCUGCCUCUUCAGCUACGUACGCCCAGGUCCUUUCCUUCCUCGCCGCCUUUGGUUGCUUGGUCAUGGCCGUCCCCUCGGUCCUCAUAGGAGCUAUAGGUGCCUCCACUGACUGGAACCAGACCACGUAUGGAUCCCUGCCCCCCAAAGACAGGGAUCAAUCAGACAUGAUCCUCCCCAUCGUGCUUCAGCACCUCUGCCCGUCCUACGUUUCCUUCUUCGGACUGGGUGCAGUGUCGGCGGCUGUCAUGUCAUCAGCUGACUCAUCGAUUCUCUCUGCCAGCUCCAUGUUCGCAAGGAACAUUUAUCAGCAAACCUUCCGACAGUUGGCAUCAGAUUGGGAGAUUGUUUGGGUGAUGCGAAUUACCAUCUUUGUAUUUGGCGCACUGGCCACCGCGAUGGCGCUGCUGACUGGAACGGUGUACGGCCUCUGGUACCUGAGCUCUGAUCUCGUCUACGUCAUCAUAUUCCCCCAACUUCUCAGCGUGUUGUUCGUCAAAGGAACUAACACAUACGGCUCUGUGGCCGGCUACAUUUUUGGACUUCUGUUGCGGAUCGGAGGAGGGGAGCCCUACCUCAAGCUCCCACCUUUCAUCUACUACCCUGGAUGGGUGACCGAGGAGAGGAUCCACCACACCACCGGAGAGGUAGAGUACUUCAUCCAGCAGAGGUUUCCGUUCAAGUCUGUGUCCAUGGUGGCAUCGUUUUUGGCCAAUGUGUGUUUUUCUUACCUGACAAAGUACCUGUUUGAGAGCGGGAUGCUGUCUCACAAGUACGACUUCUUGGACGCUGUGGUUUCCAAGCACAGCAAGGAGAUCAUGGACAAGGCCACACUGGUUGGUAACCAUGACGCCAUCAAUCUGUCCGAAAUAGCGCCGGUCAAUCAGGCUCUGGGUCCGUCUCUGGCUGGGACCUUCUCCAAUGCUGAGGUCCUCAGUGAUGAUGGAGCCUCCAGUCCAGAGGCCUUUCAAUAAGACGACUCACUGACUGAAAAUCUUCUGAAGGAGGUGGGGAGAGUUGGAGGAGCAUCAACAUUCUUCAGGAAACCUGUUACUGCCACACUGGAAAUAAGCCAGUGAUACUGGGAGUGUGUUGUAUGCCGAUGAUGUGAUGGGCGUUUUGUGCGUGUGUGUUUGUCUAGUUUUUUUUGUUUUGGCGGGGUGAUUAAUCUGGAAGCAGCUGUGCAGAGUGAAUAUAUAUGCUGUCGUAUAUUUCACGCAACCGCAGUAUAUUGCAUUCACUUGAGAACAAACGAUGAAUGACAUAUGAAUGAACAAAUGACAUACUGGGUGUAUUCCAUCAUUGUCAUUUCUCCACUAGUAUUACUGUUUUUUUAUAUUUGUAAGCAGACAAAAUUAUACGAUUUAUUAAAAAAUAUCAUUAAUGAACAAUGUAGUAUAUUUUUUAAACUUUUGUUGUUUUUUGUUAACACUUCAAAGCGUAGACCACACACAGACAUGUUAGAUUUUUUUUAAUGUAAAUAAUUCAGUAUUACAUUUCAAGAAGAAAUAUGUUACUACAAAUAAUAUAUGUUUUUUUAUUAUUCUAACAUACUGUAAUUGGAAAAAUAAUAUCUACUUUAUUGAGCAGCGUCAAAGUCACUGUACAUGAUUUUCCUGCUGCAGACACAACUGUGGACCCUUUCCAGAUCCUCCAUUCUGUGUCCUCGAGAGAUGUUAUGCACGCAAUGUCCAAAGAAACGUUGCUUCAAGUCAUCUAUCUGUGCACCAUUAGAAUCCCACUGUCUUGCUUUGAGCAUGUGAAGCUGUCGUCAUUGUGGCUUCUGUAGUCAAGCUGGGCUCCACCAGAGACUGGAUUGUUUUUCUCUCAAGUGAAUACAAUAUCCUUCAAAUCCACAAAAAAACAUGCUGCUAUUAUCGUUGAAGGACAUUUUCGUUUCGGGUCAUGAGACUUGUGCAAUAGCUAACUAAACAAAGGUGUCGGUACAUAUUGUGGGUUUACGCAUAUUAUGUAAAUAUACCAGAUGUUUAAAAAAUAUUUAUUUGAGUAAAGUAAUAUUAGAGCAAUAAUAUUUUUUGAAUAUAUAUAGUGUUGACUGAAUUUUAAAUUGAUAUGUAUUUCAAUUAUUGUCUGUCGCAGUACUGGAACUUUUCAUCGCAGUGAACAUCUGUGUGCUAACUUCUCCUAGCAUUUCCUCUUAAACCUAAAUGUACAACUGCACAAGAUGCAGACUUCAGUUGACACCGAACAAGUUUGAGUCUUUUCAUUUGAGUCAUUUUUUUCAGCCAAGAUUUAGAUGACUGAAGGAGGAGUUUGAUCCGUGAUGGGGAGUAUCAAGUGCUAGACCCCUAUUAGAUGGAUUUUGGUCACCAUUUCUGGAUGAAUGGAUGGAUCAAACUCUGUUUAAAGGGUGAAUGGUGUUUUUGAUGGCCAACUGUUUAAUGGUAAUCCAUUCAAACAAGCUGACCAGAAUGACAGUUACACUACCUUUAAUUCAUAGGUUUUUGUGAGUGACUUGAGUGAGAGUUUGUUUUACCGAGUGGACAGAGGAAAUGACUCCUUAUAGAUGAACCGCACUCAAUCGAUCAGCCCUUUAAGGUGGUUGGCUGAUGCUGCUGAAAAACUUCCAAACUCCUUUUCCUAAAACUCACAUCAUUGACAUGUUGCUUUCUCCGUCAUGUCGAUGUGCUCAAUUGUUGUGUUGCUUUCUGUGUGUCUUCUGUCCACAUUGCUGUUUGCUGUACAUACCUUCUAUGGAUUUGCCUUAACUGAUGGAUCAACUCAUGUAGAAUUAUGACGUAGAAUUACAACCUUUCAAUUUUCCAAAUGCCAAAUUUCCAGUCUUAGUGAGCAGGUCUUCACUUAUCACUGUGGACUGACGCCACUGUGAUGCCUCGCAACGUGUCAGGGAAUCUCAGUGGUCUUAAAUGUGAAUAUAAAGUUCCUUGUCAUCAGAAGAGCCUUCUAUUGAGGGAAAAAAAAGAAAGACAGCUCUGUAUAUUGCAAUAUAACUGUAUUUUUGUGUGAUAAAUGUAAACAAAAGCAUAUAAAGCAGCAUUGAAGAAGAUGUUUGUUAGCAUACAAAGUUAUUUCUCAAUGCAGUGUGUACAGUGGUGAUGUAUUGUAAGGUUAAAUUAUUAAAUUAUAUUAUUUAGCAAA